AAUUCCAAUCAAUUUGAGUCUUCGCGACAGUUAUAUCCUCUGAAGUCGUACAGAGAGGCGCAGAUAUUUCACUUCGUGGUCCCAAAUGAGGUCCUGGAGGCCAACUGGCGCUUCAACGCCACCAACAGUGAUGUCUCUUAUCUGAGAAAUUCACUCAAGUCUUACUCGCAAACCAAACUACUGAGCGGUCGCUCGUGUGAGGCACUGGACCUAACGGUUCACAUAAGACAUGGAAGUCUGCCCGUCAUUAAUAUAAACAACGCCUCACUUCCGGACAAUUGGUUGACAGAAGAGUCGCAACAGUAUUCAUUUGAAAUGAAGAGCGACUCGGCUCUCGUCUCAUUCAAUAUAACCAAUCCAUUAGCGGGCGAUUGGUUUGGUUUGUCGUAUUUGAAUAAAGUAGACGACAGGAUAUCCCAGAAGGGACUUGAAGUCGAGUGUCAGCACAAACUCACAGCCAGUCUGUCGCUCACGAAAUUCAGUCAAUUAUUCCCAAACAAUGACAUAACGGUCUUAACGACAGCUAAUUCUUUAGUACAAAACAUAACAAAUUCGACUUUUUAUAAAUUUUAUUUAAACUCCAACUGUUUUAGUGCCAAAUUAAAUAUCACUCAGUGCGCACAGGUAUCGCCAGUUCCUAACUAUAGGGCAAGGUCCUGUCCAAUCCUUGUAUACGUGCGGGGAAUGGCUUUGCCAUCGCAUAAGAUCUAUGACUUUGCACUGAAUUGUAGUCAACAAACAGACAAAUGUAUAAUAGAUAUGGACUCAAUCACUUCCGGCUCGUGGGUUUACCUCGAAAUAGAGCCCUUGAGUGGUCUGGAAGUGGUUGAAGUGUAUACAGAGCUCAUAAUUGAACAAAAAGAAGACUGCUUUUCAAUUGAGAAAGAAUUGUCACAAAAGUCACAAUCAUUGGCCACAACCUAUUCAACCUAUUCUAGUCGUUUCACUAGUAAUCAAUCGGAAACAAUGGGCACCACAAACCAAUUGAGUCCCAAAUAUAUAAGUCUUACACGAUAUGAUUCCCUAAAUAGUCUGGAGUUCAAGUACAGUCACGUGGACGCCACUCCACUCUCACAGAAUCAAAGUGUUUCGAUAUUUAUCGACAUUCCCAACGAUCGCAUGUCUAUUCUGGAGUUCGGAAUCAUUCCUCUGUCAGACAUCGGCGGAACUCUUUCCAUAGAUUUCGCGAUCUCUCCAUUCGUGGACACAACACAAUACAACUAUUCCGUCAGUUUAUGUCUGCAAUACAGAAGAACCAGCGAUUCUUUUAAGAAUUGUUUGCGUGAACUCAUCGUAAACACCACUUCCACUGAUUUCUUUAACAAGAAGGGCAUCGAAACGGUUUUGAUUCCAUUCCCAAGACCUGGCAAUUGGUUUAUUACUCUUAAAGUCAAUUGUUAUUACUCUGGAGAUGACGACAUUAUAAUAAUGUGUCCGCCAGAGAACAAGACAUCUGUCUUAUUGGACAUAACAUCGUCUCCUUGUCUGCACUCCAAGUGUGGCAGUCAUGGGAAGUGCUAUCAGUAUUUCAGUGGUGGUGUACUAUUCAGCUCUUGCGUCUGCAGAGGAGGAUGGAAGGGCUGGUUCUGCAACGAUGGGUCACAAGCUAUACCUGAAGAUCAACUUUUGCUCAACUUUUUAUUACUUACUUUAAGUAAUAUAAUGUUCAUUCCGGCAGUCGUUUUGUCUACUUAUAGGAAACAUUUCACUGAAGCGUUGGUCUACUUUACAACUAUGACCUCUUCCACAUUAUAUCACGCGUGCGAUUCUGAUUACCCGCAAUCGUAUUGCCUGAUUAGUGUCAAUGUUUUACAGUUCGGGGACUUCUAUUCAGCCAUAUUGGCGUUCUGGGUCACUUUAGUCACUUUAGCCAAUAUGCCUGAUCUGUGUCGCGCUUUCUUCCAUGUGUUCGGUGCUCUUCUCAUAGCAUUUGCCACUGAAUUGGAUCGGACCAGUCUCUGGGCAUUCGCAUUGCCCGCCGGAUUAGGCGCCGCUAUUCUUAUCAUUUCAUGGAUAUGCCGGUGCUGUCGAAAGUCAUGUUAUCCAACGAGUCGUCUGUGGAUAUUCAGUAUUUUGCCGGGAAUUGCAUUGACUGCUGGAGGGCUUGUGGUCUAUGCCUUCUUCGAGACGCAAGAGAAUUACGCCAUAACUCAUAGCUGUUGGCACGCAAUCAUGGCAUUAGCGCUGCUAUUUCUGGUGCCAUCGAUGAAGGGCGACCCUCAAGACGAAGAGGUCGGUGGCAAAGGUAGUGACACUGAGACCUAUUAUGAGCUAAUCGGCGAAGAGGGCUCUCAUUUAGCGCGAGUGACUCCCCGCUAAGCAUAUCUUGAAUGUUCUGUCCACUCGAUUAUAGUAUUGUUUAUUUAAAAACUCAAUAAUUAAGACUCAAUUUAUAAUAAUUUAUGAUUUCAAGUAACGACAAUUGAUAUAUAAAUUUAUAUUUCAUAUGAUUUCAUACGGC